AUGGCGCUGCCACUCCAAGUAACGGCUUCAGGUGACCAUCAGACUCAGCACCAUCAGAACCGAGGUCCUCCCGCACACUCCCAUCACGACGACUCGCUCCGCACAAACUGGCGUACGCCAAGGGACAAUUCGACAAAAUGCUCGAGUGAUGGCAUCAUUCGUCCUUCCGAUAGCCCUUAUGCCUCGCCACUACGCAGUUUAAACCUGGUGGUGAAAGAAUUUCGGAUAUGCGUCGACUACCGGAAAUUGAAUGCAUCGACCGUACCAGACCGAUAUCCUGUCCCUCAUAUCCAUUUUUGCAUCCGGAUUGAUGGGGAUCUUCUCGAAAAUCGACCUGACAAAGGCAUUUUAAGACGUCCCAAAAACAGCAGUCACAACACCGUUUGGCCUAUACGAAUUUCUAAAAAUGCCGUUCAUGCCCAACCUUCCAACGACUCAUUCCUGCGGACUUCCGCAUUUUAUAUCGACGACAUCUUGGUAACAGACGCCGAUUCUCAAUGCGAAAGUCUUCCAGCGACUCUCGCACUACGGCCUGAAGUUGAACCUGGACAAGUGCGUUUUCAGGGCGCCCAGCGUUGA